ACCGCACAACCUCCAUGGUGUAUGUCCUCUCGCACCCUUCUCAAGCUUAGCCCACUUCCCUACUCCGACUCCCAUUCGCUGCCAUCCUCCUCUCUUCCUGGUUCCUUAGCGCUCGCCUCCAGAUUGUGUUCGCAUGGUGGAGCAGCAGAAGCCAUGGUGAUUGCGUCGGUCACGGCAGAGAGCAACGACAGGAUCAGGACCCUCGAGUACCCCGUGGUCGACCUCUCGUGGAAGAGAGGCCGGGCGGCGGAGCUGCUCGUGCGGGCCUGCGAGGAGUUCGGCUUCGUCAAGGUGGUCAACCAUGGCGUGCUCAGGAGCGUCAUCGCCAAGAUGGAGGCCGAGGGGGCGAGGUUCUUCGCAUUACCUCCCUGCGAGAAGCAGAAGGCCGGCCCGCCCACCCCGCUCGGUUACGGCAUUCGGAGCAUCGGCUUCAACGGCGACAUGGGGGAGUUGGAGUACCUUCUUCUCCAUUCCAACCCUUCUUACAUCUCCCAGAAAGCAAAGACGAUAUGUAGAAAGGAUCCAAUACAUUUCAGUGGGGUGGUGAAUGAGUAUGUGAAGCAAGUGAGGCAGCUGGCAUGUCAGCUACUGGACAUGGUGGGAGAAGGGCUGGGGCUGCAGGACACCCGAGUCUUCAGCAGGCUGCUGCAGGACAGCGAGAAUGACUCCUUGGUCAGGCUGAAUCAUUACCCUCCUUGGCCCGGCAGCGACAGGGCCGGGGGUGAUGCCGACCGCGAGCCCGCCGCCGGCAAGUCCAGGGACAAGAGAAGCGGCGGCAGGAUCGGGUUCGGGGAGCACUCCGACCCGCAGAUCCUUAGCAUCCUCCGCUCCAACGACGUCGACGGCCUGCAGAUACUCUCGGCGGAGGCGGACGACGGCGGCGUGUGGAUCCCGGUGCCGGCAGACCCGGCGGCUUUUUAUGUCAUCGUCGGCGACGCGCUCCAGGCGAUGACGAACGGAAGGCUGGUGAGCGUGAGGCACAGAGCCAUGGCGAACUCCUGCAGGCCGAGAACGUCGACGGUCUUCUUCGGUGCGCCGUCGCCGGGCACGCGCAUCACGCCGCUCCCUCAGAUGAUCAGGCCGCACGCCCCCCGGCGCUACAAGUCCUUUACCUGGGCCGAGUACAAGAAGGCCAUGUACUCCCUCAGGCUCGGCCACAAUCGCCUCGACCUCUUCCUCGCCGAUCCUGAUGAUCACGACCAAGACUCAGGAGGCAUCUCCAACUAACUCGAGAAGAAGACGACGAAGAAGUGAGGGGUCUCGUAAUCCAUGUUAACCCAAAUUUUGAUAUGAUAAUUACCUGCACAUAGGAUAGUUGAUGGGCUACAGUGUUUUUCCACUGAGUGUAGUCUCUGCUUUUUUCUCUCUCUCCUUCUUUCCGUGUGAUACUCAAUGGUGUGUAUAUUUCUUUUUCUUUUUUUUCUUAUUCUUCUUCUUCUUCUUCUUCUUCUUCUUCUUCUUCUUCGUAAAAUGAGGCUUUGAGUUUGCACUUUCUGUAUUUUCUUUGCAAUAAAAAAGAGUUAUGAGUUUGUGAAUCUCGUGGAGUAAAAACCAAUGGAACUGUUCAUGUGGGAUGAACUGAAGCAGUAGGAGGGAGAACUGCACAACCCCGACUUGUUUCCCAUUGUAAUUCCACAGAAUUCAAAUAGUUCAUGAGCAGGUUCAAACUUUCUUCUAAUUUUUGAUAGCUGAGUGGGUGUGUGCUACGACUUUAUGCUCCUCUAAAGUGGAGAAAUGAUGGGGAGAUGUGUCCCCAUCACAAAAAGUUGCCGUGGUGGAUCAAAAGUUGCAUCAAAAGGCUAUUUGCAUAUUACAUUGUUUUGCUUAGAAUCAUUCUUUUCACCAAAAUUGACUUUCUCCUUUUUCUUUUUCUUUUUUUAAAGCUUAGCAAAAUCAAUACACAAUCAGCAUUUUUUUUCUCCUGGCUUUUUUUUUGGAAUUGUUCCGAAUAAAUAUUAGGUCUUAU